AUGACCGAGUCUACUGAAAAGUCAACUGAGGAAUCACCUGCAGUCAGUGUUCCUGGCACUCCUGCUGAUGAUGAAACUUCUAAGGAAAUUAUUUACAAAAGAAAAGCCUACAGAUUAGAACAAGAGGCCAAACGGAAAAUGCUUAAAACCGUCAAGUUUGAAGAAAAAGAUAAGGAUGACGAAAUCAAACUUCCAAAGAAAAAAUAUUACAGACAACGUGCUCAUUCUAAUCCAUUUUCAGACCACCAACUUGAAUACCCAAAGAGUCCUAAAGAUAUGAACUGGGAUGUUUUAUUUCCUGCCAUUCUAGAUGACCCAACUAAAAAAGUCACAAUUGCAGAUAUUGGCUGCGGAUUUGGUGGUCUUUUGAUGUCUCUAUCACCCGCUUUCCCUGAUAAAUGCAUUUUGGGUAUGGAAAUUCGCGUUCAGGUUACUCAAUUUGUUGAAGACAAAAUAAUAGCUCUGCGCAAAAAGCAUGCAGAUGAAAAUGCCUACAAUAAUAUCGCUGUUCUGCGAGGUAAUGCCAUGAAGUUUUUGCCAAAUUUCUUCGAGAAGGGCCAGCUGGAAAAAAUCUUUUUCUGUUUCCCUGAUCCCCACUUUAAGAGCAAAAAGCAUAAGGCUAGAAUUGUUACUACAACUCUGUGUUCUGAGUACGCUUAUGUUUUGAAACCCGGUGGUAUUAUUUAUACCAUUACUGAUGUAAAAGAUCUUCAUGAAUGGAUGGUCAAACAUCUAGACGAACAUCCUUUGUUUGAAAGAAUGUCUGAAGAUUUCGAAAAAAACGAUACAUGUGCAAAGAUCAUGUAUACUGAUACUGAGGAGGGCAAGAAGGUUGCCAGAAAUGAGGGCGAUAAGUUUGUUGCUUGCUUUAAGAGAUUAGAAACACCUGCUGAAAUUUAA